AUGAUUGAAGUCUAGAUUGAUGAUCCUAUUCCAAAUUCAUUUAAUCAAGAUUUUGAGUCUUAGAAAAUGAUGAAUGACCUAAUGAAAGAAAAAAUGUUUAAGAAUGAUAGCUACAUAUAUGUUGAAGACAUUAGAUCAAAAGAACUUGCUGGAAUAUUUGUUGUUUUCGACUAAGAUUAGCCACAAGAUUCAAUUCCGUUUUAUUCAGAUAGAUACAAAAGUAUGAUCACUUCACUAGUUGAAACAACAAAAAAUGCUAAAGAAAAUCAUCCAGAACUUUUUACCGAUGAGACUAAGAAAAUGCGUGUUCGCCUAAUAAUUGUAUUUCGAGAGCAUAGAGGCAAAGGAAUUCUUAAUCAUAUGUAUAAUGCAUUCGAGAAUAUCGCUGAAUCUAGAGGCUUUAAUACGAUUCAUAUGACUUGUGGAGCUCCUGAGACUUUUCAUCUCUGCAAAAAAUUUGGGUAUUAAACUUUAGGAGAAUUCAGAUAUUUAGGUCUAGAACCUGAAUUAUUGCAAUAUUUUAAGCCAUCUGAUGAGAUUAAAAUGAAAUUUCGAGGAGAAGAUAUGAGAAUAUAAUAUAAUGUCAAGAUUAUAUAGAAACAAAGGGAAGAGUAAGUUUUAGAUUAGAUUGAAUGA